AUGACCUUCGCCAUCAUCGCCAACGUGUCCAACAGCUGGUUCAAUGGCAUGGAGGGCAGCCGCGUGGAGCUCUUCCUGCUCCCCCUGUGCCUGCUGACGCUGUGCACGCUGGUGCUGGACCCCCUGCUGGUGGGCUGCAUCUACUGCAGCCCGGCGCUGCGCCAGGAGACCCGCUACCUGCUGCUGGCCAACACCCUGGCAGCCGACGUGGCCUUCGUCUGCAUCAACGUGGGCAUGGUGACGUGCGCGGUGCUGCGCGUGCCCGUGCUGUGGGUGGUCUGCGAGGUGGCCAUCACGGCCACGGUCACCGCCUACUGCUGCGCCAUUCUGUCCGUCACCGUCAUGGUGGUGGACACCUACGUGGCCGUGCGCUGGCCGCUGCACUACGACGGCCUGCUGCCCCCGUCCCGCGCCCGCAUCAUCUCCGCCGCGCUGUGGCUGCUGGCCUCCAUGUACCCGCUCUCCAUCGUCAUCAUCCUGGAGAUGCUGGAGGAAGAGGCUCCACAGCGUCUGCCCCUGUGCCUGGUGCUCAUCACGGUGGGCGCGCUGGGUAAGGACAUGGCGGUGGGCAUCCACAUGUACUUCACCAUCAGCGCCAUACUCUGCUUCCUGCUCAUCAUCUACUGCUACGUGCGGCUCUACGCGGUCACGCGCCGCUCCGGCAUCUGGCGCCAGCGGUACUCGCGGGCGCGCGUGACGUUGCUGGCGCACGGCGUGCUCCUGUGUCUCUACUUCCUGCCCGGCCUGGUGUUCACGGUGGAGCUGGCGCUGUUCGAGAGCCGCCAGAUGGGGGCGCAGGCGAGCGUGUGGGUCAACAUGACCAACAUGAGCAUCCUCAUGCUGCUGCCGCGUGCCGCCGCCCCUUACCUGUACGGCCUGCGCUACCGCGAGAUCUACGCCACGCUGGCGCACCUGGUGCUCCGGAAGCGGAGGCAGCUCAGCCAGGUGUGCGCCGUGUCGGGGUCGGCAGAGGUGGUGAUGGCCGGCCAGUGCCAAAUGACUGACGGCCAAUGCCAGAUGACGGCCAACCAAUGCCAAAUGGUCUCGGUUCGCUUAUGA